ACCUUCUCAACUAACAUAACAAUGGCAAUAAUAACUUGUCCCCUUCUUUUGUUGUCUCUCUUCUAUUUGAUUGCCCUGUUCUCCAUUGGUGAUGGGGCUCAGCUGAUUCUAGUGAACAACUGCGUAGAAAAUGUGUGGCCAGGAAUACAAGGCAGUGCAGGGCAACCAACUCCAAAAGAUGGAGGUUUUCAUCUUGGAAUAGGCGAGGAAGUAGUAUUUGAGGUACCAGAGAAAUGGUCAGGAAGAAUCUGGGGGAGGCAGGAUUGUAGCUUUGACAGCAAUGGGAAAGGCUCGUGUGUCACCGGCGACUGCUUCGGGAAACUUCAGUGUGGAGGGAAGGGAGGAGUGCCACCGGCAACUGUGGUGGAGAUGACACUGGGAUCAUCAUCUUCUCCGUUACACUUCUAUGACGUGAGCUUGGUGGAUGGCUUCAAUUUGCCUGUGUCCAUGAAGCCUGUUGGGGGUGGGAUUGGGUGCGGGGUGGCUUCUUGUGAGGUGGACUUGAACAUUUGCUGCCCAUCAGCUUUGGAAGUGAAGAAAAACGGAAAGGUUGUGGGGUGUAAGAGUGCUUGCUUGGCUAUGCAAUCAGCUAAGUAUUGCUGCACAGGGAAUUAUGCAGAUCCAAAGACUUGCAAGCCUACCUUAUUUGCUCAUCUUUUCAAGGCCAUAUGCCCAAAGGCUUAUAGCUAUGCAUAUGAUGAUUCUAGCAGCCUUAAUAAAUGUAGGGCUUCACGGUAUGUUAUCACGUUCUGUCCUCCCCAAUAAACCUAGCAGAGAUAGUUGCAAGGAUUUCUUCAAAAUGAAGUUGAAGCUUCUGUCGUAGAUCUGCAAACUUAUCUAUAUCAUUAGUGGACUGUCCUCUAGUUUUUGUAAUUUUAUCAGGAGUUGAUUCCAUUAGGAGUUUAAGAAGGACGACAUUAGCGAAAUUGAACAAAGAAUGGUACGUUGAGAUUGUUACUUUGA